AUGAGUUCUUUAAAUGCAAGCUUUUCCAAGAAUAUUUCCAUUGUUCAUCCUGAAUACUUUUUCAUCAUUGGACUUUCAGGUAUACCAUACAGCAAUUAUUACUAUAUAUUCUUAUUUAUUAUUUAUUUUAUUACUGUAAUUGGGAACUCUUUAGUGCUUCUCAUUAUUGCUCUUGAACGAAGUCUGCACAGCCCAAAGUACAUGGCUGUGUUUAACUUGGCCUUGGCUGAUAUUGGUGAAACUAAUGCACUGAUUCCUAACAUGAUGAAGAAUUUGCUGUUUGACUCGCAGUACAUCUCCUACAAUUCUUGUUUGGUGAACAUGUUUUUUGUGUUUCUCUUCAGUUCUAUGCAAAGUCUCACUCUUGUUGUGCUUGCAUAUGAUCGUUUGAUUGCAAUUUGUUUGCCAUUAAGAUACCAUGUUAUUGUGAACAAUAGCAAUAUGUGUUUUGUUUUCUCAACAAUAUGGGUGUUUAAUUCUGUUAUUGUGACUUCGAUGGUAUCUUUAAUCACCCAAAUUUCAUUCUGUAAGUCCAAUGUGAUACUGAGUUAUUUUUGUGAUCACGGACCAGUGUAUAGGUUGGCAUGUAAUGAUAAUUAUGUUAAUAAGAUUAUGGGAUUUCUGUACACAACUUUAUACCUUAUAGCACCAAUGCUCGUCAUAGGCCUGUCAUAUCUGGGCAUUUUUUUUGUUGUAAGGAAAAUAAGAACUUGGGAAGGCCGCAUUAAAGCUCUGAAGACCUGUGUUUCUCAUCUGUUGUUGGUAGCAAUAUAUUAUCUCCCAAUAUUCUUUACAUACCUUACUUCAUUAUUGCUUUAUAGCACGCCAAAUUCAAGGGUCAUCAGUACAUCUCUGGCUUAUGCUGUUCCAGCAAUGCUAAAUCCCAUAAUUUAUGUUUUAAACACUGUGGAAAUCAAAGACAUAAUUCGAAAAGCGAUUAGAAACAGAUCUGUGCCAAUUGAUAGAAUUUCAAAAUGA